AUGUUAUUAUUUCUUCUUCUUCUUCUUCUUCUUCUUCUUCUUCUUCUUCUUCUUCUUCUUCUUCUUCUUCUUCUUCUUCCAUCUCCACUGAUUAUACUCCUUUUACUCCUCCUACAUCAUUUUUUUAUCUUCCUCCCCCUUCUUCAUUUUCUUUAUCCUGGUCAUCCUUCUCUUCAGUUCCGCCCUCUUUAUCUUUCCUCCCAAUCUACGUCUUCCUCCUCCACUUCCUCCUCCUUAUUCUUCUUUGUCCUCUUUAUUCAUCUUCUUUUUCUUUUUGCCCCUCAUCCUACUUCUUCUCUUCUCAUCCUCCUCGCCCCUUUUCUUCAUCUCUGCCUUCUUUUUCUUUUUCUUCUAUUUAUCUCUACUACUUCUUCUCUUUUCCUACUUCAUCCGCUUCCCUCUUCUUUUAUUUCCUCCUCCAUCUUCUCUCCUGAUCCUAAUCCUUUUUACUCCUCCUCCUACACCUUCUUCUUUAUCUUCCACCUCCUUCUUCAUUUUCUUUCUCCUCGUCAUCCUUCUUUUUUUUUCUACUCCUUCUACGUUUCUUCUACCUCCUUAUUUAUCUUCGUACUCCUUUUUCUUUAUUUUUCCUUCUUUAUCUUCCCUGUCUUAACCUCACCCUCUUCUUUGUCUUCAUCCUUCUUUCUUUCACUCAUUUCUUUGUUUAUUUGUUUCUUCCUCUAUUUUUUAUCCUAUAAUCUCUCACUUCUACUUCGUCUACGUCGCUUUUUCCUCUUCUUUAUUUUCUUCAUCCUCAACUUCUUUGUCUUCUUCUUUUUCUCUCUUCUUUUACAUUGUCAUUUCCAUUAA